AAAAGGCAAUGUAUUUUAUUGUAGCAGCUGGAAUGGUAAAAUAUGAGUAGAUGAAGAGGGGAGGACCAAUCCAUGUACAGGAGAGGAGAGGUUGCCCUGCCCUGCCUGCCUCUUCACCUGGUUGGUUCUUCUCCCCAAGAAGCCGCGCCAGCCCACGAAGCAACAGCCUAAUCCCACCUAGAACUACUACUCCUCUACUCCACAAACUCCACUGUUUUUGCCCACCUGUUUCAAAGAGGUUUCUCGGAGUGAAUCGGCGGUGGAGCAGCAAAUCUGGUACGGAUGGAUCAGGAGGUGAAGGACUCAGGACCCUCAAGGUCUCCCUGCGAACCAAAUCUGUUCCUGCAAUGGGGCAGCCGGAAGCGGCUGCGCUGCGUCAAGGCGCGUGACAACAGCUCACCAUCACUGUCACCAUCUGAAGUUCUUAGACGUGCUGUGCCCCGUGCGACUAGGUCGCUUCUUGGAGGUGGCAUCACACCAUUUCGUUCACCACGCCGCCCUAGCACCCUUCACCGUAGGAAAUCAGAUUCACUAGUGAAUGAGUACAAGCUUUCGAUGGCGCUCUCACCAGAUAAGGACCGGUAUUACUCUACUAGGGGUUCACCGUUUCCUUUCGAGGGGAAUGGGUUCGAUUUUGGUGGAGGAACAGAAGAGAAGGGCAGUGCAGCACUGCCAGGGUUCUUCGUCGCGCUGUCUAAUAAGGAGAAGGAGGAGGACUUCAUGGCAAUGAAGGGCUGUAAGCUCCCACAGAGGCCAAAAAAGAGGCCCAAGUUGAUGCAGAAGUGCUUGCUUAUGGUGAGCCCUGGAGCUUGGUUAUCAUAUUUGUCACAUGAGAAAUAUGAAGUUAGAGAGAAGAAGAGUUCAAGAAAGAGGGCUAGAGGCUUGAAGGCGUUGAGCAUGGAGAGUGGUUCAGAAUAGAGGUGGCAGGGUAUGAAUUUUUGGACUUCACUUUAGCUAGAGGAAAAAAUCUCUAGUAGGUAGUUGUGCCAGCUCUUCAAUUAGACAAACCUCGGUGUCUAAUUUAGCGGUAUCAAUGGCAAUUCUCAUCCCUGUUGUACUUCCAUCCUCGUUUGGUUAAAGAAAUUAUCAUCAAGUACUAUGUAUGUCGACAAAAAAUGAGUAUAUUAGACAAUUCCUGGUC